UAAAAGUACAAGAUUUCUAAAACAUAAAUAGUUUUGGGAUGGAAUCGGUGUUGUAUAUACAGCCACUUUGGGAUGUACAUGUUAAAUAAAUCAUUAACUAUAGAAAAAUCAAAAAGGAUACAUGUACAUAUACAUAUAUACAUAUAUAGUCAACAAGAGAAAUUGAGAGGGGGACAAAAUGGCCUUGUUACUCUUUGUUCAAAUAGUUCUUUUCUCUUUAAUAGCAAGAGCUCCGAAUUUAGAUGCUUGGGGCAAGGAAGGGCACUACAUGGUGUGCAAAAUUGCAGAGCAAUAUCUUACGGCGGAGGCGUCGGAGUUGGUGACGGAGCUCUUACCGGCGGACGCGGGUGGGGAUCUGGCAUCGGUGUGCUCAUGGGCCGACGAAGUCCGGUUCCGGUUCCGGUGGUCGGCCCCUCUGCACUACGCCAACACUCCAGGCGUGUGCAAUUUUAACUACGCAAGGGAUUGCCACAAUUCCCAUGGUGAGAAAGAUAUGUGUGUAGUCGGAGCAAUCAAUAAUUAUACUGCACAGCUCCAGACCUAUGGAGAUCCAUCAAGUCCAUACGAUUUAUCGGAGAGUUUAAUGUUCCUCGCCCAUUUCAUGGGCGACGUGCAUCAGCCUCUUCAUGUGGGCUUCGCAGACGACGAAGGCGGGAACACAAUAAUCGUUCACUGGUACCGAAGGAAAACCAACCUGCACCAUGUGUGGGAUGUUAAUAUCAUAGAGACUGCGAUGAAGGACUUCUACAACAAUGAUUUGAACACCAUGAUAGAAGCUAUCAACAUGAAUAUCACUGAUGAAUGGUCGGAUGAAGUGAACCAAUGGGAGACAUGUCGUGGCGAAUCAAUCACAUGCCCUAAUAACCUUAAUAUAUAUUCAAACUUUAACAAAAGAUCACAAGUUUCAGGUAUGCAUCAGAAAGCAUUCAAUUAGCUUGCGAUUACGCAUAUAAGGAUGUUGAUCAAGAUUCCACUUUAGAAGAUGAUUACUUUUUUUCUCGAUAUCCAAUUGUCGAGAAGAGAAUUGCUCAAGCAGGCAUGAGAUUGGCGACGUUGCUUAACGGACUUUUCAGCAGCAAAAGUGCAGCGAAAAAUAUAUAAUGUUGAUUUCACAAGCUACAUUUGAAGCCCAGAAAAUUUGAAUCUCCUAAGACAAAUUAUGUAACUUUAAUUGUUCCUUGACACCAUCAAUUUCCUCAUUUAUUAAAACAAUUACAUGCUUUAAUUAAGGCAAUUAGUGUGGAUCAA